AUGGACAAUUUCGUCUCAAGUGAAGAGCCAGUUCUAGACCUCUUAUUCUCCAACCACCCUACUGAAACAACCGACUCCGCCCAAACAUUACUGCAAUUAGGAGCUCAAGGCUCUUGUGCCCCGUGCUACAGCUCGGCUGUGCCAGCUGUACAAGAUGAUGAGUCGUUAGCAAAUUUUGUCUCUCCUGUGUCCCGCAGCGGCGAACUCUCUCAAUCCAACCGCGAACCAAUCAGUAAUCCUUUGGCCUUACUGGCAGAUGCCUCCGAUGCUGCCCAAGCCUUGGAACUGAAUUCAAUAUCUGCCAACCCUUCACCGGGAACGAAUGAACCAUCUUCUGCGGCGCACUUGUCAUCCAGCCAGUCAAUCGGUCGCCAACUACUUCAUCGACCAGGUUACGUGUCACUUGGCUUAACAUUGAACAGGGAUACUCUCGAAGCAGGAAUAGAUACCCUGGUCGGUCCUUCCGAGCACCCGUACCGUUACUCGAACUAUUUCAAAUCGUCUCCACAGGUGCCUCUACGCGAUGUUGGCCCCGAUGUUGACCCAGUGGACCUUGGUUUGGUGACCAUGGAUGAGGCCUGUUAUUUGUUUCCAGUGUAUUUUGUCCGCUUGCAUCCAGUCAAUGGAAUCCUCGACCCGAUGCUUCACACGCCGGAUUUCGUGCGUUCACGAUCGGCUCUUUUGUUCACCUGGAUACUGGCUCUAACUGCGCAAUUCGAUCAUGGGUCAGCAUCAGUCGCUAAACGAUUACGCCUCCAUGGCGAAAAGCUCUCCAAACACGUUCAUACCUGUGGAUAUAAAUCGGUUGAAAUCGUUCAAGGCUACUAUAUCUCAUUACUAUCAGCCACUCCCGCAGAGACACUGGCACAGGAGCGUUCGUGGCUCUACACGGUAUACGCCUUUGGUGUAGCAGCCGAGCUGGGUCUAGACCAAGGUUCCUGUGUCAAAGAUGCACCACCUUCGAACUCGAACAAUGCUUCCUAUUCUAGAAACCAUGAUCCAGCCUCUACAUCACUCUCAGGAAGCAACUCCCCACGUUUAUUACUAGAGUACCCUUCAAAAGAUCCGACCGAAAAUCAACGCAUGACGCGAAACCGCGAGAGAACCUGGCUGAGGAUUUUACUAUGGGAGCGCGCAAGCAGUGCAGCCUGUGGUAGAAUACACACUUUCCCAGAAACAGACUUGACACAAAGCGUCGACAGCUGGUGGCUCCAUCACCUAGCGGAUCCCACAGAUAAGCACACAUGUGCGUUUAUCAUCCUACGACGCAUUCUAGCAUCAUUACAAAAUGAACUAAGACACCAAGCUCAUUUAACACACGUUGAUCCCCAUUGGGUGCGAGAAAUGGUUGAUACAAGUCUAAGACCGUGGUGUGACCGUUGGUUAACAUAUCCAAUGCCCAAUGUAAUCACAUCGCCGUCUGAAAAGCUGUCUAAUAUUUUCCUUCAUUAUGUUUAUCUCCACGGAAGGCUUUGGACCUUGUCAUUUGCCCUUCACGGUUCCAUAAGUGGGGACCAAAAUAUGGAUGCAAUCCGAGCUGAUUGCUUUGAGGCUGCCGUUAAAUCUUGCGAGCUUGCCGUACACGAUUUACAUAAUAUCGGAGAGCCAUUAUAUUGCAUGUUGGCUCCGACUUGGGCUAUGAUAUCCUAUGCCGCAGUGCUGGCUUUGAAGCUAUUCCCCGCCUUGUAUGGAUCCCGCGUCGGAAAUGACGUGGAACUUCUUGCUUUGCUCAGUCAAGUUGCCAUUCAAUUAGAGCGCGCAGGCACAACCCCAUCGCAUCGAUUUGGAAUUGCUGCAUUGCUUGGGAAGCACCUUAUGAUGAUCCUAAGGGCUAGAGCAGCGGGACUGAAAUACUCAAAUCAACUUGGCCAGACUGGAGCAGAUGCGUCCUACACCAGCAUAGGUUUUGAUGACGGGGCAAGACAAUUUAUGCCACAGCAGUCCCCCAAUUCGAAACCGUAUGAAGCUCUCAUCUCCGAUUACGAUCCGUUCUUGACUACAGCUUCAAUGUCUACUCAGGAGGAUUUAACGGGUGAGGGAUUUGCUGAAUUCUUCCGGGAAAUUUUCGGGCCUGGAUUUGGAGGUGUCUUUUGA